AUGGCUGCGAAUCGCAACAUUUCUUCGUUCUCAGAACUGGACGGUAGACAGAACGAAACGAUGCAACCCGAUUCGGACAACGACGCCAACAACGGGGAAGACACGGAUGAUGCAAGCGAAACGGAGCUUCUGUCCGGCAUGAACAAUGAACCCAGCGUUGACGAACGAAUGGAAAUCAGGGAGCAAAUGUAUCGAGAGAAGCGUGCAAAUCUGUUCGGCCAGCUGCAACUGUGCAAGGAGCGCAAGCAUCCGGAGUAUUUGAAAAUCGUGGACCGACUGCAGAACGAGCUGAACGAUCGUUUGCUGCUGAACGAGGUCGAACGUGACUAUCUGAUGGAGUGCGCCGAGCGGGAGUGCGUCCAGGAGAAAGCGGCCGCAGAAAAAGAGUACGAGGAAAAGAAAGCCGAGCUGAUCGAGAAUCUGAUUGCCGAUCUGGAGGACCAAAAGAAAACGAUCGAACAGGAGUUCGCCACGAUGGAGCUAACGGGUGAUUCGGUAGACGUGAAGCCCAAAGUCACCCGGAAGUUGCGUCGCCGCCCAAACGAACCACUACCGGUGCCGGAAAAACGCCGCAAGCCUACCCCAAACCAAAUAGUUUUCCUGCUGGACGACAAAGAGAUCGAACACGACCUAAAGCUUAUCGCACGCGGCAAACCAAUCUCGGCCAACCGUGCCACGCACCAUCCGACAAACGAAGGAGCUAGCGGAAGCAGCAGCUCCAGUUCGGCAGUUAACGCACAAAAUCGGUCCGGUGGUUCCGUUAAUUCCGUUUCGAAUGCUUCCGACCAGAACGGUACCCCUCAAGACGGCUAUGGAGGUGGACCAUCCGGUCUGGCAUCGAGCAGCAGUCAGGCAUGCCAGCAACCACUGACGGAUACACGAAUCGAGGACGGCAAGCUGUGGUACGAACGGCGAUGGUUUCACCGUGGUCAACCGGUACAUGUCGAGGGUCGAGACAUUUCUCGCUUUUCGGCCAACAUUUCCGCGAUCGGCAUCGAGGCGAUCUGUGUGAAGAAGACGUCCGACGGGCAGAAGGUGCGCAUCUGCCUUUCGCAUUUGCGCCGGGGUAAAGUGUCCAUCAAGCGUCGGGCUAAUUAGGGU